AUGCCGGCGCUGUCGCCCACGAUGACGCAGGGCAACAUCGCCGCCUGGCACGUCGCAGAGGGUGACGAGAUCAGCGCGGGCACUGUGCUGGCCGACAUCGAAACGGACAAGGCCACACUGGCCUUUGAAAACCAGGACGACGGGUUUGUGGCCAAGCUGCUGGUGCCCUCUGGCGCGAAGGACAUUCCAGUGGGCGCCCCCGUCGCGAUCGUGGUGGAAGAGAAGGAGCAGGUGGCCGCGUUUGCGGGUUACGCGGCGCCCGGCGCGCCGGCGGCGGCGGCAGCGCCACCGCCGCCGCUGGAGGCGGCGGCGUCCGCGGCAGCGCCCGUGGACAAGCGGCCGCCGAACUUCCGUCUGGGGCCGGCGGCGCGGUGGGCGCUGGCGGAGGCGGGGCUGCGGCCGGAGGACGUGACGCCGACGGGGCCGAACGGGAUCGUGACCAAGCCGGACGUUCUGGCGGCGGUGGCGGCCGGCGUGAAGCCGUCAGGGGCGGCCGCGGCAAAGCCCGCGCCCGCGGCGGUGGCGCCAGAGGCUGCGGCGGGGGCCGCGAAGCAGCAGCAGGCAGCCCCCGCGGCGCCGAAGCCGGCGGCGCCGGCUGAAGCGCCAAAGCAGCAGCAGCAGCCGCAGCAGCAGGCGACGGCGCCGCCGGCGGCGGGCGGCAAGAAGGCAGGCGGGCCGCGGGUCUCCUUCACAGACGUCCCGAACUCGCAGGUGCGCCGCAUCAUCGCCAAGCGGCUGCUGGAGAGCAAGCAGACAGCGCCGUCGCUGUACGUCUCCGCGGAUGCGCCGCUGGACGGCGUCAUUGCGCUGCGCAAGCAGCUCGCCGCGCAGGGCGUGAAGGUCAGCGUGAACGACUGCGUCGUGCGCGCGGUCGCGCUCGCGCUGCGCGACGUGCCUGAGGCCAACGCGGCGUGGGACGGCGCGGCCGGCGCGGCGGUGCGGGCGCCGGCGGUGGACGUGGCUAUCGCGGUGGCGACAGAGGGCGGGCUCAUCACGCCCAUCGUGCGGGGGGCGGACCGCAAGUCGCUGUCGCAGAUCUCAGCAGAGGUGAAGGACCUGGCGGCCCGCGCGCGCGCCAACAAGCUCAAGCCGGAGGAGUUCAUGGGCGGCAGCUUCUCCAUUAGUAACCUCGGCAUGUACGGCCUCAGCCAGUUCGCCGCCAUCAUCAACCCGCCGCAGGCCGCCAUCCUGGCCGUCGGCGGCGGCCGGGAGCGCGUCGAGCUGGUCGAAGGUGCCCCGCGGGCCGCCACUGUCAUGACGGCCACCCUCAGCGCAGACAACCGGGUCUACGACGGCGAGCUCGCGGCGAAGUUCCUGGCGGCAUUUAGCGGCUACAUGGCGCACCCCGUCACCAUGCUCAUGUGA